GACUUUGGAGACGCUCCCUGCUUGCUCCCUUCUCGGCGGCGGCGGCUGCUGCUGCUGCUAUACGCUCCCCGGCCGGGCGUCUCCUGCGCGAGAGGCUCCUUGCUCAGGGCCAGGGCUCCCUCCCUGUCUCUUCGCUGGGCGAGGAGGGGGCAGCCCCCCAGAAGCAGCCAGAGGAGAGCGGGGAGAGGGAGGGAGGGAGAGUAGUGCCGAGCUUGGCCCUGCGCUCGGGCUGCUGCUGCUGCUGGUGUUGCUGCUUCUUCUCCUCCUCCUCCUCCUCCUCGCUGGGUUGUUCCAGCCCCGGCCUCCCCUCCAGCCUUUGCCCUCGGAGGGAGCAGGAGGAUGGGCAAGGAGGAUGGGGCCACUCGGCGGCGGCGACGCAAGAGAUGCUGCAGCAGGAUGGAAUUGAAAGGAGACAAUACGUUGACUAAGGAGCCAGAGUGAAUAGCUUCUGAAUUGUGAUUGGCACUGGCCUAGACUAUGAAUUGAGGCCCUGGAUUUGGCUGUUAGAGCUUUUCCAAGUGACUCCAGAGCUGGUCAGACAGUCAUGGCAUUCUUUACUCCAUGGAAGCUGUCUUCUCAGAAACUUGGCUUCUUUUUGGUGACUUUUGGCUUUAUUUGGGGAAUGAUGCUCCUGCAUUUUACUAUACAACAGAAGACUCAGCAUGAAAGCAGUUCAGUGCUUCGUGAGCAAAUACUGGACCUCAGUAAGAGAUAUAUAAAAGCAUUGGCAGAAGAGAAUAGGAAUGUAGUGGAUGGACCUUACGUUGGGACUAUGACCGCAUAUGAUUUGAAGAAGACACUUGCUGUCUUAUUGGAUAAUAUCCUGCAACGUAUUGGGAAGCUUGAGUCUAAAGUGGAGAACCUUGUCAUCAAUGGCACAGGUGCAAACUCCACAAAUAGUAGCACCACUGCUACUCCCAGUUCGGGGACAGCUGAAAAGCUCAAUGUUGCAGAUCUUAUUAAUGGAGCCCAGGAACAGUGUGAACUGCCUCCCAUGGAUGGUUUUCCCCACUGCGAGGGCAAAAUUAAAUGGAUGAAAGAUAUGUGGCGAUCCGAUCCUUGUUAUGCAAGUUACGGUGUAGAUGGGUCCACAUGCUCCUUCUUUAUUUACCUCAGUGAGGUUGAAAACUGGUGUCCUCGUUUACCCUGGAGAGCAAAAAAUCCUAAUGAAGAAACUGAUCAAAAGACAAUGGCUGAAAUCAGAACCAAUUUUGAUUUGCUAUAUAAAAUGAUGUCCAGACAUGAAGAAUUCCGAUGGAUGAUGCUGCGAAUACGUAGAAUGGCUGAUACUUGGAUAGAAGCAAUUAAGUCACUUGCUGAAAAACAAAACCUGGAGAAAAGGAAGCGAAAGAAAAUUCUUGUUCAUCUUGGACUGCUCACAAAAGAAUCUGGCUUCAAAAUUGCGGAGAAUGCCUUUAGUGGUGGUCCACUUGGUGAAUUAGUCCAGUGGAGUGAUUUAAUUACUUCUCUCUAUUUACUGGGCCAUGACAUUAGGAUUUCAGCUUCAUUGGCAGAACUGAAGGAGAUUAUGAAGAAGGUUGUUGGUAACAGAUCCGGUUGCCCCACACAAGGGGAUAAAGUUGUAGAACUUAUUUACAUAGAUAUUGUUGGACUCACUCAGUUCAAGAAAACCCUUGGACCGUCCUGGGUUCACUAUCAGUGUAUGUUACGAGUACUAGAUUCAUUUGGGACUGAACCAGAGUUCAACCAUGCUCAUUAUGCCCAAUCUAAAGGCCACAAAACACCUUGGGGGAAAUGGAACCUUAAUCCACAACAGUUCUACACAAUGUUUCCCCACACUCCAGACAACAGUUUCCUCGGUUUUGUCGUGGAACAGUAUCUGAAUUCCAGUGACAUAAAGCACUUCAAUGUCAUUAAAAGGCAGAAUCAAUCUCUUGUUUAUGGCAAGGUUGAUAACUUCUGGAAGGAUAAGAAGUCUUAUUUGGAUGUCAUUCAUACGUACACUGAAGUUCACGGAACUGUCCAUGGAACAAGCGCUAUCUAUAUGCCUAGCUAUGUUAAAAACCACGGUAUCCUUAGUGGCCGGGAUUUACAGUUCUUGCUAAGAGGCACAAAACUCUUUGUUGGCCUUGGUUUUCCAUAUGAGGGUCCUGCUCCUCUGGAGGCGAUUGCAAAUGGAUGUGCAUUUCUGAAUCCAAAGUUUAAUCCCCCCAAAAGCAGCAAAAAUACAGACUUCUUCAAAGGCAAACCAACCCUCCGAGAGCUGACAUCUCAACACCCCUAUGCUGAAGUCUAUAUUGGAAGACCUCAUGUUUGGACUGUAAACAUCAACGAUCUUUCUGAAGUUGAGAAGGCAGUGAGAGCAAUUUUGAGUCAAAAGAUUGAACCAUACUUGCCCUUUGAAUUCACGUGUGAAGGAAUGCUCCAGAGAAUGAAUGUGUUCAUUGAGAAGCAGGAUUUCUGCCAUGGGCAAGUGAUGUGGCCCCCGUUAAGUGCCCUUCAAGUCAAAAUUGCUGGGCCUGGAAAAUCAUGUAAGCAGGUUUGUCAAGAAAAUCAUCUUAUCUGUGAGCCAUCCUUUUUCCAGCACCUGAACAAGGACAAAGAUCUCUUGAAAUACAACAUUGAAUGCCAUACAGUUGAAUCUGCAAAUGAUAUUCUGGUUCCAUCUUUUGAUGAAAGGCGAAAACACUGUGUUUUCCAGGGUGAUUUGUUGUUGUUCAGCUGUGCAGGAUCUCAUACAAACCACAAAAGAAUCUGCCCUUGUAGAGACUACCUUAAAGGACAAGUUGCACUUUGCAAAGACUGUCUAUAGCAGCAAUUCAUGUGACUUUAUGAACGGACAAACAAGCAAGUGGCUUAGAGAGAGCUGCUGUCUGGUUUUUUUGUUUGUUUGUUUGUUUGCACUUUGCCACUGCAGGCUGAAGAGUAGAAAUCUGUACCCAGAAUGGAACAGAUUAAAAAAUCAAAUCUGAAGAUUUUAAGUUUUUUUUCUAAAUCAGCAACUGCCACGAAGCCCAUGGGAAGUCUCAUUAGUUACUUAAAGAGGGGACAAAUGAAGUCCAAUACUUUUUAAGAGGCAAAACAAAAGCUGGAAAUAUAUUGCAUUUCUCUUCCUAACAGCUCAUCGUGGUAGAUGACAUUUUUGAAUAUUAUUUCACCUGUAGAAAAAGCAGGUAUGAAAGAGGCGAUACAGGAAAGAAUCCAAAACAUAUCCUGGGUACAUGGACACUAGCGUUCUCCUGAACUCUGAAUGGCUGGUGCUGUUCCUGGAACUACAAGGUCAUGCAGCUACUGAACAUCUCACCAUUGGCUAUUGGUUUCUCUCUUGCUUGUUGUAUCAUCUACAACUCCAUGCAGUAUUGAGAGAACUGAGAAAGCAGCACCAUGAAUUGGGAGAGCAUAUGGCUGCCAGAUCCUUGGUUGUGGAUUUUGACUGUGGCAUUUGUCAGGGCUUCAGUGGCCUGAGAAACACCCUGUCUAGAAUUAUGAGUGCACUCCCUUCCCGGUUCACCUUAAGGUUUGUUUUUUCAUAAGAUGGUGAUUAGAAAUGUUUUGUGAUCACUGAAAAAUGGUAUGGCUUCCUUUGAGCAAUAUUUUCCUGAAUUUGCUGUAAAGUAGUGAAACAAUGACUGAAAGAUGAAAAUAGAAAUGAGGCUAUUAAUGAUAAAUGAUUGAAGAGUGGUCUGCCUUGAUAUGUUGUAGCAAUUUAAAGAGCUACUGUGGAACACACACAUACAUCAUACACUCUCUUGCUACAAAGGAGGCUUCUUUUCUGCCAUUUUUAUACCUAACAAAAGAAAAAAAAUUGUGGAAGCAGAACAGUUAUGUAUAAUUGCAGUUAAUGCAGAGUGCCGAACUCAAAUUUUGCUUGUAGACAUGUGAUAAGCUCUUCCUUUUUAAAAAAAAAUGUGUACAGUAUCUUUUAUUUAAAAAAUGUUUUUGCUGCACAACUGACACAUCUUUAUAUGCACUACUUGUGGAUGGCAAAAAAAAGGCAUUUGGUAAAAAAAAAAAGAAUGAUUCAUAAUUCUGCAGUAAGGUUGUGAAGCCACUGUAGGUUAGGGAAGCAGGGAAUAACUGGACCAUUUUCAGUAUCACAUCUUUAUAUGCUAUUUUGGCUUUCUUCUCCUUUAAAUAUUUCCUAUUGUUUCUGUUCAUGACACAAUACACACAUUUCUGUUCUUUUGUAAUGUAGUUCUUAUGCUGAGACUACUAGCAUAUCUCUUGACAUGCCAAAGACCAUAAGGGAAAACAUUAUUGUCAAACAAAUCGUCAUGGUAAGGCUUAAAAACAAAGACUAAAUUUAAAAAAUAUAGGCAAGUAUCUGAUUGGUGUCAUUCCACAACCACAGUUAACAUUAUGUUUGCAGACGUUGGCUGAAAUCCAGUGUCUGAAAUCUGCCAGAGUUUUUCCCUUGGGUUUCUCUUUCGUCUUCCCAUGCAAUCCAACAUGACAGCCAGUCGGUGAUGGAGGUGCAGGAGAGUGCGGGUGCUUCCUCUUUCCUGGUUGCAAAACUGUAGCCAGAUAGGGCAUGGGAUCCUGCCCACUUCUCCCCAGUUGGCCAUGAGCUCUGCCCCAAAAUGCAUGGGCUGUAGUUUGAGGGGAGCAGUGUCAUAGCACAGGUAGGUGCUGGGCACCUUCUUCUGCAGUGACCUUAGAAGUAUCCCUGCAAGUGUAACAGGAGAUUAUACCAGCAUACGCUACUAACAGGACACAGACCAGCUUUUUCUAGACUCUGUGCAAGGGGAAAGUUACCCAGUCUCAGAAGCAGUUGUGUGCCAUGGGACCAGGACAAGUGCACUCCCACUUGAUGCAAUUUACAAAUCCAGCUACGCAUGUAGGGCAACUUCCUCUUCCUAACAUUAGGUGGAAUUAAGUUCUUACAAUCCAUGCACAUGUAAUAUUUGUGUGAAAGAAUAACUGUCCUUGUUAUGGAACAUAAUGGCAAACCUAGAUUAAAAUUUGGUUCCUUUUAAUCCCAAUUUAAAUGUUUCCCUUUUCUCCAGAAUUGUUUUUCUAGUAAUGGUGCUAAACAGUCAUAAAAUAAUGAGGAAAAUGGUUCAUGAAAGGAAGAAAAAUGGUUUACCAAGGCUAAAAUGUUUUAUGUGGACCUGAAACUGAGCAGCAGCUGAUCCAAAUGCUAUACUAAGACUCACUCAAUUGGCUUUUGGAAUGAAAAGGCCAACUAACAUCUCAAAUUUCUCCAUUAUUUAACACUUGGAAUCCAAGAUUGUGUGGGUUAAGUAUCAAUUAUUUCAGCUUCUCAAUCAGAUGAAAGCGCAACAAAAACCACCCCAUUUUUUUAAAGGGGGGGAGACCAUUUUAAAUUUUGCCACACUUGGUGACUUGACUUGAAUUAUUUCACCUACGAUCUGUACUGUUGCCAAAUUGAAGAGAUGAAAAACAAAGCACUACCACAGUUAAUGCAGCAGCAAAACCAUUUGAAAAUACCUGCACUGUAAAUAUGUCUUUAUCAAUGUAAGUAAAUUACUUUGCCUUUAGUAAUGCUCCCGUCUAAUACUUCUCCAGAAAAGGCUGUCAAAUGUUAAGGUUAGGUAAGUUUUGUAGGAAAGAUGUAGCAGGAGUGGUUAGGAAUCUGAACAAUUGCUUGAAAAUCUUUCCUUCAGUGCUGCCAUGGCUUUUAUAUUCUGAUGCUAAAGUCUGUGUGUGCAUGUCUGUCUUCAUACCUGGCUCCCUCAUGGAAAAUCUUGUCCCAGAAUAAGCUCAGAGACAAGCAUAGGGGUUUGCUAGUUUGUUGGUGCAAUAUAGGGCUUUCAGCAGAGGAUAGAGCUGCCAAUUGCUAGUGUAGUAGCUUGAUAUUCUUUGGCCAAAAAAUUAUAAAAUAAAAUACUGUAGCUGCUUAGUUGCAAUGUAGCAAACAAUGAGCGACUAUAUGGGAAAAUAAAAUGGAUGAAGUUCUUACUGCAGGAACUUUUGGAAAUAAGGUCAGACCUUUGGUAGACUCAUUAUUUCAUACUUUCCUGUUAAAUUUUGUGUGACAGUAAUACACCACUGUUUGUGGAAGGAAUCUGUUUAAUUUGUAUAUUUGCCUUGCUAUGGUGGAUGCAAUAUUUGUUUACUCUGAAGACAUGGUGGUGGAAGAAAAUCUGAAGCUUCAGUUGGUCAUUGUUGCAGUCAGUACAGGCUUGAGAGACUUGGGACUAUUUUUCCAGAAGGCACUUGAAUUUCAGUGAAAAGCAGAUGAGUCCUGUACCAGUUAGCCAUUUGGCCUAUUAAUAUUAAGACAUUUUGUUUUCAAAGUUUCCAUUAAAGCUAUACAUGUUGGUUGAUACAUUUUAGGGAAUGCCUUCCUUGCUUAACUUGGAUAAUUUCCUUAAAGAUUAAAUGCAGAAAGCAAAUGCUUGAUUAUUUAUUUUCAGUAAAUGUAAGGGUACAAGUAGAACUACAGAUCUUUUUGUCAAAGCAAAUUCCAGUCCCAGAUAUACAUUUGGUAGAUUUUUACUUUAGAUACCAAAUUAUCUAAUGUAACUAAUGGUUUACCAUUAAAUCAAAAAUAAAAUGAUAAAUGUUA